UCAUGUUUUCUUGAUCUUGUGGCAGAAUCACGGCAGGAUCUCCUGUUUUAUGUGGAGAGAAGCAGUUUUGGCCUUCCAUAUACUCCCUCUCUCCGGUGUCGCGUCUCUGUUCCCGCCCUUUCGUCUCGUUAUUGCUUGUUAAUUAGUUCAUGUCCUGAACGCACCUGUUCCCUCUUGAUUUGUUCCCCUUUAAAUAAUCCUCAUGUUUCAUUGUCCUGUGCUCUGUGCUUGUGUUCAGUGUUCCUCUGUCCUUGUGUGCCUCCAAUGUUGCUGUUAUUGCCUGUUCCUGCUGUUGCUGUUUCGUCAUCUUAUGUGUUGUCAAAUUUAAGACAACAUGAUCCUGAAAAGAUCGACAGGAAGGAGUCAGUGAUCACCUGAAGUUACAUCACCCCCUACCAAGACCAACCAAUCCCAGAGGAGAGGAGGUAAAACAAUGUCAGACUCCACCCUGCAACCGCCACUUCCACCAAUCCCAUCUUUAAACUGUACUUCAGGCCAAUCAAAUUGCUCCCUCCCUGCCGACGAAUGCUACAGCUACUCUUUGUUCGUUGUCAUGGCGAUUGCCUACAGCGCUGUGGUACUGUUAGGCAUUGUGGGCAACUUGGCUCUCAUCCUUGUCAUCGCACGGCGAUGCGAACUACACAAUGUAACAAACGUCCUUAUCGCAAACCUCUCCGUUUCGGACCUGCUGAUGUCCCUGGUGUGUCUACCGUUCACCUUCAUUUACACCUUCAUGGACCACUGGGUGUUUGGGGCAGUCAUGUGUAAACUUAACAAUCUGGUCCAGUGCUGCUCCAUCUCAGUGUCCAUCUUUACUUUGGUUCUGAUCGCCAUUGAGAGACACCAGCUCAUUCUGCACCCUCGUGGAUGGAGACCCAGCCUGAACCACGCCUGCCUGGGCAUCGGCCUCACGUGGGGCCUGGCCAUGCUCACUGCCACGCCCUUUUUGAUGUUCACCAAGGCGACAGAUGAUCCAUUGAAGCAGCUGCCGCCAGUGUUUCAGGAGCAGUACAGGGGAAAGGUACUGUGUGUGGAGGAGUGGCCAUCUAGAGAAUUUCAACUCACAUACACCACAGCCAUGCUGGUUCUGCAGUACAUCACUCCUCUCACAUUCAUCUUCAUCUGUUACUUGAAGAUCUACAGUCGCCUGCAGCGGCGGAAUAACAUGAUGGACAGAAUGCGUGAAAACAAAUACCGCAGCAUCGAGAAUAAGCGGAUAAACAUCAUGCUAUUUUCCAUCGUCGUGGUAUUUGCUGUUUGCUGGCUCCCGUUGUAUGUCUUCAAUGCCAUUAUUGACUGGAACCAUGAAAUUGCUAUGAACUGCACGCACAAUCUGAUGUUCUCGCUGUGUCACUUGACCGCAAUGUGCUCGGUCUGCAUAAACCCGGUGUUCUACGGCUUCCUGAACCGCAACUUCCAGCGUGAUCUACGGGCCUUCCGAAUCUGCAAGAUGGGGUCAGCACAGGAGAACGAAUAUGACAUGGUUGCCAUGUCCACUAUACAUACGGAUGUGUCCAGGAUGUCACUGAAAAUGAGUAGCCUGGAGUUCUAGUAGGUUUAAAACUGACACAGUGGUUCUGGGAAAUGCGCUUGGGAAAUUUUUCAGAUUUAUUUCAUAAAGAGAAGUGUGCGUUUACAGUAAGAAUGAUUGUUUGUUUCUUGGCUGCAUUCCAAACAUAACAAUCGCUGUCACCAUUGUUCAAGUCCUUUUUUACGACGUGUGUUCACCAAGGUCAUGGACACAAGUUGAGUAAAUUAUGUGCAACCACCAAGAAAUGGCUAGUUUUUUAUUACAGUACUGUAUCAUAAAAUUGUACAUAGAAGGUCAGGAGAGAAUGCGGAGUACAUUUCUUGCAAACAUCCAACGUCAUACGUCAGUGAGGGAUGCUUGAGUUUUGAGCACAGCUGUAUUCACUGUUAGUUCAAUUUGAUGAUGAGUAAAAAGUAAAGAAAUGAAGGAGGUAAAUUCAAAGCCCAAAAGUUCACAAAUUCAAACAUGGAUUUAAAUACAAGCAUCAGAUGUGUUUUUCAGUAGGAGAGAAUCUAAGCCAGACCAUUUUCAUGUUCUGAAUUGGAUUUGUUUUUUUGUGUUGAGUUGUUGAAACCAAACUGAAUUGAUUUUUUUUACACUUGGAAAAAAUGGAAUGAAUGAAUGAGAUCUUGAAUUUGAGAAAAUUGAAGCUUGUUUUAUUUUGAAAGCAUUUAUUUUAGGAUUUCAUUUUUGUUGAGGUUUUGUGGUUUGUAACACAGUUCUGUGCUGCACCUGAGUUUACAGUUUCAUUUAUUUAGAAGACACUUUUAUAAAAAGCAAUUCACAAAUGAAUAUUGAAUUGCUGCAUAAAAACUACUCAGAGUAAGGCUGAGCUAUAUGAAAGUGAGGACAGAAGUUAUUUUCUUCGUAAUAUCACAGAAAUAUGCACAGGAGAUGCGCUUGGAUGUUUAUUUGAAAUAGCAAGGAAUCCUUCAUUUCAGGUGAAAGAUCACUCCACCAGUGAAGAACAGGGAAAGUUCAGAAAAGGGUUGUGAUCCACAGAGAACAAGAAGCUAGCUCAGGAGUCGUGGCAAGCUUAGAUAGGAAAGGUUUGAUGUUUUAUGACCCUGGGCGACUGUUUGAUGUGACACUGCUCUCCUUCAUAACACAAUUGAAGAUGUAUACAGACACAUCAGAAUGAGGACAAAUGAUCAUAAGGCAGCUUUUGUGCGUUUGAAUACAUGUCACCCACUCCAUAUUAGACACAGACAACAAGUAGAAUGUGUGAAUAGUUUUACUCAUGUCUGAAUUACUAAUGUAUAAAGAAUGUAAGUAACCAAAACAACGAAUGCAUUGGUGUUGCUAAUUUGACAUGCCCAUUAGUCUGAACUUGAAUAUAGUUUGUUAUAAAGACAGCUGUAAGGUACUAUUGCUUAUUGACAAACUAUCAAUGUAUUUUUUAUUUUUUCAUUCAUGGUUUUAACAAUGGUUUUGCUGAUGUAGUGUACUGCCUUUACGGUUUGUUUUAUGGUCACUGUGGUCACUGAAGUCUUAGACUGAAAUGAAACUGUAGUAGCACUUUAUUUUGUCUCAACACAAAAAUGGGAGGAUUCUGAUUUAAAUCAAUGGUGCAGCCAGAGAAUUGAGAAUGUUUUAUUGAGAACAAAUUGUUUGUUUGUUUAUUGAUUAACUUUUUACAAUAUUAUAAAGAUCUGACCUAUUCUUGUCAUGAUUCUGCCACAUCAUGUUAUGUUUCUCGUGGUCUAGUGGCAGGAUCAUGACAGAACCCCAUGUUUCAUGUGGAGAGGGGUAAUUUUGGCCCUUAUGGCCUGCCAUACACCCUCUCCGGUCUUGUCUCUGUUCCCGCCCUCUCAUCUCCUCGUUAUUGCUCGUUUAUUGUUUCAUGCCCUUCACCUGUUCCCUCUUGAUUUGUUCUCCUACUUAAUGCCCUUGUGUCCUCUGUCUUGUGCUGGAUCAUCUGUGUUGUUACACUGGUCUUGUGCCUUGUCCUGUAUUACCAUGUAAGUCUAGUUUAGUUAUUUUAGUCAUGUCUAGUGUGGUAAUUGUCUUGUCUUGUCUAGUUUAGUGUAGUUAGUUUAUGUUCCUGUGGUCCCUUCUGGUUCCUACCCUUGCUGUUUUGUUGUUUUACCCCCUUGUGGGUUUUUGUUUCAUGUUUUGUGUUUGUAUUAAAGCCUUCUGUUAACCCCUUACCCGCUGUCUGCACUUGGGUCCUCUGUCCUUGCACUCAACGUCCGUGACAUAUUCUACUGUGGAAUUUAACACAUUAUUAAAACCAAAAGAUUUUGAUACCAAAAUUUCUAAACAGUUUUACUUGGAUUAUUUCUAGAAAUAAUAUUAGAGCCAGAGCUAUGUUAGUUGUUAAAUGUUAGUUGUUUGAUCAUUUACUUCCGUAUCAGGAUUAACCAGUUGAGUUUGAUAAGAACAGUCAACAGUACCAUUUGUGAAAGAAAAUGGAAUUAUGAUUUUUACUUGUCCUCUCACCAUUCUGAAGAACUGAAGUCUUAAUUAAAAAAGGGUUAAUUGAUGUUACUCGGGGUGUCACCGUUUUAAAGAAUGUAAUGUUAUUUGAAAAUCAUGUGGUAACAGGUUUGUCCGAAAACAAUGGAUGUAAAUUAUUUAUUUUUA